AUGCCUGAGCUGACAGAGUCGCCAUCUCAUAAAAAGACCCGGCUAUCAGCUGACGCUCAAUCACCGGAAUCUUCAAAUGAUGCGACAUCUCAACCUCCCAUUUACAAACUCAAGUACACAAUCUCUGGUAAAAACAUUGGCUCUCUAACUACUGUGAAGAUUUCUGCCGACAGCAAAAGACUAGCGGUAGCAUCAUCUUGUGGCACCAUCUGGGUCUACAAUCUCACAGACAACACACUUUGCGCGACAUUGACGGGACAUUCGAAAGGUGUUUCGGCCAUUGCAUUUUCGCCCAAUGACUCUUCUAUUUUGGCAUCCGGAUCAGACGACUUGUCAAUUCGUUUGUGGAACGUCGAGACGCAAAAGUGUUUGAGGAUCCUCAAGAAACACACGUAUCAUGUAACAACACUCCAGUUCAACACCAAGGGCAACAUUCUUGUCAGCGGAGCUGCAGACGAAACCAUAGUGGUGUGGGAUCUAGCCCAGGGAAAUAGUCUUCGCACUUUAUCGGCACAUUCCGAUCCUGUAAGUUGUAUCAGUUUGUCACCAGAUGAUUCAUUGAUUGCUAGCGCUUCUCAUGAUGGACUAAUGCGUCUUUUUGACACCGAGACAGGCCAGUGUUUGAAAACAUUAGUCUACAAUAGCACUUCUCAUGGUACGGCAACUGCAUCGACAAGUGACGUUGUAAAUUUGCCAAUCUCAAAUAUUCUCUUCUCCCCCAACGGCAAAUACGUUUUGAGCUCGAGUUUGGAUGGGAUAAUACGUCUAUGGGACUACAUGGGUAAUAAAGUAGUGAAGACAUAUUUGGGACCCGAAGGCGCAUUCAUCAGUAAAAAGUACAACAGCGGAGCGUGCUUCAUUACCAAAACGUCGAAUCCUUUAGUGGCUUCAGGUUCUGACCUGUUGGGUCUCAUAUUGUGGGAUCUCCAGAGUAAAAAAAUAGUGGGUCGGCUUGAUGGCGAUGCCACCAUAAUAGACGUUGCUACAAGCGAUGGAGGCUCAAUUCUAGCGAGCUGUGCAUUGACCGGAACCACUAACGUGUAUGAGUUGAUAUAA